ACUUCAGUAAUAUUGCUAUCCAAGUAUAUUAACAUGUACAUGCACACACGUCUCUACUACAGCUAGUUUCGAUUAGAAGUCACAAGAAGCUCUGGCAGAACAUACAUAAUCGAGCUAGCAGCCUAUGUUCUGGGAGAUCAAAAGUGAAGCAACACUACAGAAGAUAGUUCGUGUUUAAUUCAUCAAUAUUCUUUUGCAAUUUCACCUUCUUCCAAAUUGAUCAGGCCAACAACAUGGAAGCUGAAACCAAGACUCCAGAAGAUGCAUCUGAUAUGAGUCUCCAAUCAGUUGAGUCAAUUACAAAGAUUGAAACUGAAGAAAACAAAUGUCCACAAGAAAAUGGUAAUGAUGUAAGUUCUAAAUAUCUAUUGGUUGAGGAAUCAAGGAAACCAGAUAGUGGCAAGACUGGUGAAGUCACUGAAACAAGACCUCAAGAUAUAUCUCAAGAAUCAAGCAAGGCCUGUGUGGAAAGUGAAAAACAAGCUGAAUACCAGCCUGAAGGAUAUAGCAAAAAGAACCAGAUCUUGCAUAGAGAAUCAGAAGGACUGGUUAUGAUGGAAACAAUACCAAAAUCAAGUGAGCUUGAGGAUGAAGCCACAUCAGCAUUACCCAAAUUGGAAAUUAACCAAGGAGAGAUGGCUGGAAAAAUCUUUGAGAAAGAAACAAAUGAGGAAGAAGAAUCAACAGUGAUAGAUAACGACCAGAGCUGCAGACCACAAAAUGAACUUGAGCAAAUGACUAAAGCUCUAGAGAAAAUUGAUCUAACCCAAUCUGUGGGCAAAGACGCUGCAAAAAAUGGAGAUACUGACCACCAAUCUGAAGUAUUCAAAAUGGAGAAUGAGAUUGCAAAGCAUUCCCAUUUGGAAGGAAAGUUGACCAACGAAAGCAGUACAAGAUCAAGUCAAGAUGUGGAAGAACUGGAAAAGACUUCAGAAGCAUACUCUACAAAAAAUUCAGAGAUCAAGGAUGGUGGAAAAAUCAUGCCAGAGAAAAUAAUAUAUAUCAAAGAAGCUACUGAAGCAGAGUUACAAAAAUCUGAAUUUGAGAGUAAUCAAGGUGUACUUGAGGAUGAAGGUAAGGAAGAGGAAUCAAUUGUGACAGAGAACAAUAGCAGCACAGCAGAAAGUGAACUUAAGCAAAUGACUAUAGUUCUUGAGGCAAUUGAGAACCCCAAAUCCAUGGUCAAGAUUGAUGCAGAGAUGGAAGAAAAUGCUCACCACCAAUCUGAAGCAUCAAGCAUGGAGAAUGUGAUUGUAAAACAUAUCAAUAUAGAAGGAGAAGAAAUGGAAAGCAGUUCAAAAACAACUUAUGAAAUAGAUAAUGAGGAGAAGAAUCCAGAGUCCCACUCAAUCAACAAUCCAGAGAUCAAGGAAUUUGGUGUGGCUGCAGAUAAAGCUCUGUCAACAUUGCACACCAUUGCAUCUGUUGGAGUUGAAACAGUUGAGGAAAGCAUCCAAGAAGAAAUACAAAAUGAAGUGGAAUCAGCAGUAACAGAUACCAAAGAGCAGCAGAGUCCAGAGAAUGAUUUGCAGGAGAAAAAGAAAGUUUCUGAGGCAUUUGAUCUACAUGAAGUGAAAGAAAACUCAAAUGUGGAAUAUGAAAAGAAAGCUGAAAUUCAAGUUGAAGCGCAGAACCUGGACUCCAUAGUAAAACAUCUGAAUUUAGAAGGCGAGACAAUAGAAGAUGACUCAGCCGCAAUAGAUAACAACAAUAGCAACAAACCAGAAAAUAAACUUGAGCAAAGAGUUGAUAUUGUUGAGGCAAUUGAUCAACCCAAAACCAUGGUUAAGGUCAGUGCAGAAAGCGAACAACAUGGUGAUCACCGAUUGCAAGCAUUGAGCAUGGAGAGUAUAAUAACAAAGCAUAUCGAUGCUGAAGAAAAGCUAACAAUGGAAAGGAGCACAAAAUCAAGUUCUGAUGUGAGCAAACAGAAGAAGAUACCACAAUCAUGUUCAGUUGAGAAUUCAGAUAUCGAGGAUGGUGGUAAAACAAUGCCAGAGGAAGUAACAGAUAUCAAAGAAGCCAUCAGUGUGGAGAUACAAAAGUUUAACAUACAAAGUGUGCCUGAGGAAAAAGUUCUAUCAACUAUACAUACUACAGCAUCAUUCAGAAUUCAAAGAGUUGAAGAAAGCAUUCAAGAAGAAAUACAUGCAGAACAGAAAAUACUGGAUGAUAAAAACCAGUCAGAAUUACCCAAAACAGUAGAGAAAACUUCACAGCAGCAAAAUGUUCAGGAAGAGGAAUCAGCAACAACAGAUGACCACAUGGACUGCAGACUAGACAAUGACCUUGAGAAAGCAGCCAAUGCUGUUGAGGCAACUGAUCAACCAGAAACUGUAAUGAAGGUCGAUGUAGAAAAUGAACAGAUAGACCACCAAUCAGAAACAUCAAGCAUGGAGAGCUUGAUUACAGAGCAUAUCCACGGUGAUGGAAAGAUGGGAUUGGAAAGCAGAACAAAAUCAAGUUAUGAUGUUGAUGAACUAGAGAAGAUUCUAGAGUCACAACUGGUCAAUAAUUCAGAGAUACCGAAAGGUAUGCCUGAAGAUAGAGCCCCACAAACAUUAUCCAAUACAACAUCUGUCAGUGUUGAAGCAGUAGACAAAAGCAUUCAAGAAAUAUAUACAGAAACGGACUCAGCAGGUGCCAAAGAAAGGCAGAUACCGAAAACAGAUAUUGAGAUGAAAACGACAGUUCCAAAGGCAUUUGUUCUGCAGGAACUGAUACACCAAACCAGUGUGGAAAAUGAACUGAAAGAUGAACCCCAAUCUGAAGCACAGAACCAGGAAAUAAUAUUUAUAAAGCAUCUGAAUUUGGAAGGAGAGAAUACAGAAAUAACUUCAACAAAUGAUAAUGAAGAACAAGAAAAGGUUCCAGCGUCAAACAGAGUAGAAAAAUUUGAGAUCAAUAAUGAUGAGGGAUUCAUACAAGAGGAAGCAAACAAGACGGAAGGAGCAAAUAAAAUGCAGUUACUGAAAACUGCAUCAGAAAGUGUGCCUGCAGAUAUGACACUGCAAACUUUAUCAACAACGUAUGUCGGCGCUGGAGCAUUUGAUGAAAGCAACCAAGAAGAACUGCAUACAGAAGAAAAAUUAGAAAUGACAAGUUUCAAAGAGGGAAAGAUCCCAGAAGAUUAUUCUGAGGAGAAAAAGAGAGUUCCCAAGGCAUUUGAUCUACAUGAAGUGACACAUCAAACCAUCGUGGACCAUGAGAUGAAAGUUGAACCCCAAAUUGAGACGCAGAAGCAGGAGACCACAGUGAUAAAGCUUUUGUGUCUCGAAGGAGAGACUGCAGAAAUUAAUACAACUAAUGAUGCUGAGAAACAACAAACAGUUCCAGCAACGCCCACAGGAGAAAAACUAGCGAUUGCGGAUGAUGGUAUAUUUAUACAAGAGGAAGCAGAAGAGACAGAAGAAGCAAAUGAAACGCAGUUACAGCAAACAGCAUCAGAAAGUGUGCCUGAAGAUAUGGCCCUGGAAACUUUACCAACUACAACAUAUGUUGGUGCUGGAGCAUUUCAUGAAAGCAAUCAAGAAGAAAUGCAUGCAGAAGAAAAAUUAGAAGUGACAAAUACCAAAGAGGCACACAUCCCAGAAGAUGAUACUGAGGAGAAAAAGAGAGUUCCCAAGGCAUUUUACCUACAUGAAGUGACACAUCAAACCAUUAUGGCAAAUGAGAUGAAAGCUGAAACCCCAACGGAAAUGCAGAACCGGCAGACCACAAUGUUUGAGCUUUUGAAUAUUGAAGGAGAGACUGCAGAAAUUAAUCCAUCCAAUGAUACUGUGAAGCAACAAACAGUUCCAACAACCCACACUGGAGAAAAACUAGAAAUAGAGAGGGACGGGAAUUUCAUCCAAGAGGAAGCAAAAGGAAGAGAAGAAAAUGAAAUGCAGUCACUGCAAACUGCCUCAGAAAGUGUGCCUGAAGAUAUGGCCCUGCAAACUUUACCAACUACAACAAGUGUUGGUGCUGUAGCAUUUGAUGAAAGCAAUCAAGAAGUAAUGCAUGCAGAAGAAGCAUUAGAAGUGACAACCAAAAAGGGGCACAUCCUAGAGGAUGAUUCUGAGGAGGAAAAAAGACUUCCCAAGGCACUUGAUCUACAUGAAGUGACACAUCAAACAAUCAUGGGCAAUGAGAUGAAAGAUGAAUCCCAACCUGAAAUGCAGAACCAGCAGACUACAAUGAUAGAGCUUUUGAAUCUCAAAGCAGAGAUUGCAGAAAUUAAUCCAACGACUGGUACUGAGAAACAACAAAUGGUUCCAGAAACCCACACUGGAGAAAAAUUAGAAAUUGAGGGUGAUGGGAAUUUCAUAGAAGAUGAAGAAAAAGGGAGAGAAGAAGCAAAUGAAAUGCAGUCACUGCAAACUGCAUCAGAAAGUGUGACUGAAGAUAUGGCUCUGCAAAUUUUACCAACUACAACAUAUGUUCGUGCUGGAGCAUUUGGUGUAAGAAAUCAAGAAGAGAUGCAUGCAGAAGAAGAAUUAGAAGUGAGAACUGCCAAAGAGGGGCACAUCCCAGAAGAUGAUUCCGAGGCAUUUGAUCGACUUGAAGUGACACAUCAAACCAUCAUGGAAAAUGAGAUGAAAGCUGAACCUCAAUCUGAAGUGCAGAACCAGGGGACCACAAUGAUAACGCAUUUGAAUCUGGAGGGAGAUAAUGUAGAAAUUAAUCUAACUAACAAUAAUAUGAAACGACAGAUGGUUCCAGCACCACACACAGGAGAAAAACAGGAGAUUGAAGAUGAUGGGAACUUCAUACAAAAGCAAGCAAAUGAGAUGGAGGAAGAAAACGAAUUACAGUUACUACAAAUUGCUUCAGAAAGUGUGUCUGACGAUAUCUCCCUGCAAACUUUACCAACUACGACAUAUGUUGGCACUGGAGAACUUGGUGAAAGCAAUCAAGGAGAAAUGCAUACAGAAGAGGUAGAAGUGACUACUACAAAAGAGGGGCCGAUCAAAGAAGUUAAUUCUGAGGAGAAAAUAAGAGUUCCCAAGGCAUUUGAUCUACAUGAAGUGACACAUCAAACCAUUACGGAAAAUGAGAAGAAAGCUGAAUCUCAAUCUGCAGUGCAGAACCAGGAGACCCCAAUGAUAAAGCAUUUGAAUCUGGAGGGAGAGACUGCAGAAAUUGAUCCAACUAAUGAUACUCAGAAACAACAACAGAUUCCAGCAUCACACACAGAAGAGAAUCUAGAGAUCAAGGAUGAUAGGAAUUUCAUACCAGAGGAAGCAGAAGAGAGGGAAGAAGUAAUUGAAUUGCAGCUAAAAACUGUAACAGAAAGUAUGUAUUUAAAAUUUAAAGCCAUUUUCUUUUUGACCCUAGAAAAAAUUUAAAACUUCAAGCUAGCAAAUAUAAAAGCUGAUUACAUUUUCAAUUGUGAGAUACAAUCAUACUUUGUGGAGAAAUGGCAUUCAGAAUUUACAGUUGU